CAUCCUUGUUUACUUUAGCUGCUGGCUUGCUGUUGGCUGGAUCCGCUUCUCAACCUGUUUGUUAAUCGCGCUGUGUGGCUUAUUAACGCCCCGAGUUUAUAAUAAGCCGGGCUGAUUUCUCAGGGGGAGAUUUGACUUGCCGUCGCCGGGAGGCGGUAGGUCUAUUUUUGAGGACAGAUUAAGCAACACGGUGAGCAUGUCCUGAGCUCGGAAUCAAACUGAGUGGCUUUUCAAAUGUAGCUUGUUAGCUAGCUGCAUCGCGUACAGUGUACACACUGCCUUUUUUGUUCUGCUCAUGGACAGCCUCUGCAUGACAAAUUAUUACCAGUGUUGAGUGCAGGCAGGGCACGAAGACAGCGAUCGUUUUGUUUGAAAACGUGUCAAGAACUGAUCUCCGGUUGUCAGCCACCCACCCCCAGCCCCGGGCUAACCCCCGGUCACCGACCGAAUUAAUGGCCGGAAAUCCGAGAAGGGGCGCCGGUCUCAUCGGCUUGAUGAAGGACGCCUUUCAGCCUCACCAGCAAGCUCUCCAGCCUCACCAGCCCGCAGUGGUCGACAAGAAAAUGGUGGAAAAAUGCUGGAAACUCAUGGAUAAGGUGGUACGUCUGUGCCAGAACCCCAAGGUGGCGUUGAAGAACAGCCCGCCCUACAUCCUGGACCUUUUGCCGGAUACCUACCAGCAUUUACGCACCAUUCUGUCCAGGUAUGAGGGCAAAAUAGAGAUCCUCGGCGAGAAUGAGUAUUUCCGCGUGGUCAUCGACAACUUGACGAACAAGACGAAGCAGACCAUGAGCCUUUUUAAGGAGGCCAAGGAGAGGAUGUACGAGGAGAACUCCCAGCCCAGGCGAAACCUUACCAAGCUGUCUCUGAUCUUCAGUCACAUGCUAGCGGAGUUGAAAGCCAUCUUCCCCAAUGGCCUAUUUCAGGGUGACAACUUCAGGAUUACCAAAGCUGAUGCUGCUGAAUUCUGGAGAAGGUCAUUCGGGGACAAGACCAUAGUGCCAUGGAGGACAUUUCGGCAGGCUCUUCAUGAGUUUCACCCUAUUAGCUCAGGUCUGGAGGCCAUGGCGCUCAAAUCCACUAUCGACCUCACCUGUAACGACUACAUCUCUGUCUUCGAGUUUGACAUCUUUACAAGGCUCUUUCAGCCAUGGUCAUCUCUUCUAAGGAACUGGAACAGCCUGGCUGUUACACACCCUGGUUAUAUGGCCUUCUUAACCUACGAUGAGGUGAAGGCUCGACUGCACAGGUUCAUCCACAAACCUGGCAGCUAUAUCUUCAGGCUGAGCUGCACUCGGCUGGGCCAGUGGGCAAUUGGCUAUGUGACAGCUGAUGGGAACAUCCUGCAGACCAUCCCGCAUAACAAACCACUCUUCCAAGCACUCAUUGAUGGAUACAGAGAGGGAUUCUAUCUUUUCCCAGAUGGCCGUGCACAGAACCCAGACCUGACAGGGUUGUGUGAACCGUCUCCACAGGGCCACAUCAAAGUUACUCAGGAGCAGUACGAGCUCUACUGCGAGAUGGGCUCUACUUUCCAGCUUUGUAAGAUCUGUGCAGAGAACGACAAGGAUGUGAAGAUCGAGCCGUGCAGACACCUGAUGUGCACCUCGUGUCUGACCGCCUGGCAGGAAUCGGAGGGUCAGGGCUGCCCGUUUUGCCGAUGUGAGAUUAAAGGCACGGAGCCUAUUGUAGUGGACCCCUUUCACCCGAAGGCCAGUGGGGCUUCCUUUGCUGGUUUCCAGGGGUCGAGCAGAGCAGAAGCCGCAGGCAACGAAGAGGAAGAGGAUGAUCGGCUGGAAGACCAGCAACUUGUCAUGAGCAGGCUGGCCUGCACCAAAGUGGAGCGCCCUCCAUCUCCAGUGUCUCAGCUGCCUCCGGUGCCUCCGCGACUGGACCUCUUACAGCAGAGGUCCUCUGCCUCCCUUAGUGCACUGAGUCAGGGAGCCACAGCCAAAGUAAGUACACGCCUGAGUGCACUAAAGACAAAAGACUUUGAGACCGACUACCCACCGGAGCGCCCCUCCCUGGUCGGCCAGGAAUCCAGACUCCAAAGGAGACCCCUCCCCUCCACCCCGGACCAGCCAGCCUGGGCAGCCAACUACAUGGUGCCACGCCCUGCAACGAAGGCCCCGUCGUCCAUCCCUCAGAGCAAUGGAGCCGGCGCAGAGGGGAGCAAACCGCAGACGGCGAUCAAUGCUGUGUACUGCCUGGCUGCGAGGUCGUUGCCAGGGUCAGCGGUGUCCAGCGGGGAGAAGCUGUCGUCAGACGGUGAAGAUAACGAGUACAUGAGUCCCACAUCCCUUCCAGCUUCCGGUGCCCCGUGGGUAAUAACAGGCUCCUUGGUGCCCCCACCACCAACCCAGGGAAACAACCACAAUGACAUCAGUGAGGUGGGGGACAGUGACUCUGAGGACCCCCAGGUUUACGAAUCCAUGUGUAACAUCCAGGCCCAGGCCGGCUCGUCGGAGACGACACAGAACUCUGAGCUGGACCUUCCUCAGCAUUCAGCUGUUCCGCCGGACAAAAAGGAGGAGGCCAGUGUGGAGGAUGUUUACGAGUAUGACUUUCCCAGACCAGUGGUCCCUCCUGCCCCCGCCAGAAGAGCUCUGUCAGAUAUCGGCGGCCCUUCUUCAGCCUUCAGUAAUCUCAACAUAGACUCUGCAGUAGAUCCCAGUAUGUUUGUAGCAGGCGGCGAUCCCGAACGUCCCCCAAAACCUCUCCCGCGGCGAGCCAAUUCUGAUCGACGGCCUCGUCCGUUAAACCGCGAGCCACCUCCGCCGCCGCCAGACCUCCCUGGCCCCUCCUCAUCUGGCUCCCCUGUUCCACCUCCGACUAUUCCUCCUUCAGGUCCUGGAAGCUUGGCCCUAAACGGGGAGAUUGAAUGCCUCAUAUCCCAAGGCUACUCCAUCCAGGACAUCCAGAAGGCCCUGAUGAUCGCUCAGAACAACCUCGAGACGGCUAAGAACAUCCUGCGCGAGUUUGUCUCCAUCCCUUCCACAGCGCACAUCGCCACAUAGUCACUUUGCUCAUCCUCUGUCUCGUCUCUCUCCACUCUGUGCCAUUAUCAUUUACAAAGCACUUUCCUGCAGGGCCACAAGUACUUUCAGAAGGCUUUACUGUGAGGGACGAUGCUGCGUUCAUGUUAUAUCUCAUCCAAAGUCAUUUGUAGUGGGAAAACCGCAACGUGGGGUGGGGGGGGACUGUUGUUAAAGACGAUGUCAAGUGGCUGAAGUUACAGUCUCAGAAUCUCUUUUACUUGUAAUAUUCAUUUGGAGAUUGAGGGUUUUGGCCUUAAACGUGAGAGGUCAACUGUAAGUCCGAUAUGACCUGAACACAGCAUAAAUGGAGAAUCUGAGCCUUUAAAAUGGGCUUGCUGUGGCCCUGCUGUGAUUCGCUGAGUUAGUUACAUGCUGCGGCAGUGUCCCCCCUCAGUCUGCGUGCACGCUCUCAUUAAGCUAAGUGUUAAAGCCGUGCAGACUUUGUUCAGCGAAGGUACCCCGCACAUAGUGGUGUCCGACUGGGCGUCCCACUGCCUGCAGCCGCUCGGUCUGGUGCUUUUACUGGCUUCUUUGCAAAUCGUGGCGUACGAAUAUGUAGCGAUACGGUCUGAAACUGGUGAUUAACUGUGUGGCAGUCGUGCUCGUGCUGAUGAAUGUGAACGUGUAGUCGCGGUGCAGUAUUGCAGGGCUUCGAUGUCGUACGCGUCGCUGUGGCUCGCUCCGUUUUCGAUGGUAUCUGACAAGGUGAACACAAUUCAGUUGCCGUCUGUCAGCUCCAGGUUCGGUGAUAGUUCUAUGAUGAAAUAACAAAUUUAAUGUUUAAGUACUCUCAUAAUGUGUUGUGGUGUGCGUAGUACUAACAAUGGCUGAGUUUGAGUUCUUUUUAAUUCCAUCGUUUCCUGCCACCGCUAGAGGUGGCCCGACACUGAAGGCUGGUUUAUUUAGUCGAAAGCUUCUCUCUACGCUCGUAGUUUCUUAGUUAAUAACCGAAAGAAGCUCUUAGAACAGCUUCACUCAGUUCACUGGGAAAUCACAUCUAACUCUAAAGCCUAAAGCAAAAAACAAAAAACUGAAAGUGGGGUGAAGUCACGUGGACUCAGGUACUCAGUAAUAAGCCAGGUUAUAUGUAACGAGCAGAUGCUAAAGGACACGCUCCCUCCAUCCUCACAGACAUUCCAUAGAGUGGAUUUUCUUUAUAUUUUUAGGUUUCCUGCAGCAUAUUUACAUAUAGCUACCAUAGUUAAGAUAUUAAAAUCUGUUUUCUGAUUCUUCGAUGA